AAUAACACUCCAGGAGACUCGGGAAAGAGGUCAGGUCCAAGUCCUAGUCCUCUGCAUUCGUUUCCUAUUUCUGCUGUAACAAAUUACCACAAACUCAGUUGCUUAAAACAGCACAAAUUUAUUAUCUUACGGUUCUCUAGUUCAGAAGUCUGACAUGGGUCUUGCUGAGCUAAAACCAAGAUGUCAACAGUUCCUUUCAGGGGGAUCUAGAAACAGCUCCUUUCUGAAGGCUGUAGAGGAGAAUCUGUUUCUUUGCCCUUUCCUUCUUCUAGAGGCCACCUAUGUUCCUUUGCUCAUUGCCCCCUUCCUCCAUCUUCAUAGCCUGCAACAUUGCAGCUCACUGUGCCUUUCUUCUGUGGAAACACAUCUUCUGACUCUUCCUCUGCUGCCCUUUUCACUUUUAUUGACCCUUGUGAUUACGUUGGAACCAGAGGAUAAUCUCACUGUUUUAAAGUCAGUGUAUUGGUGACCUUUCUCCCAUCUGCUUCAUUAAUCCAAUUUGCCAUGUAGCCUAACAUAUUCACAGGUCCCAGGGAUUAGAACAUGGAUGUCUGUGGGGGCCGUUAUUCUGUCAGCCAUGCUGUCUGGAAGAAGAGGAGUGGGUCCAAGAAGGAGCAGCCAGAGAAAGGAGGAGGGCCAGAGGAGAGUGACAUAUCACAGAAAAGAGAGUGACAUAGUGCUGAGAGGUCAAGCCUGAUAAGAAAUGAAAAAUACCUAAUGGUUUAGAGUCCUGAGGACACCAGCCAUUAGGAGUAAGGGGUGUGUCGGGGGCAGGAGUUUAUGGUGUCCUGGGCAUCAAGCAAGAAGUGAGGAGGUAUAUAGACUAGGAGUGUAAAAUUUUCCCCAAAACUUUAUUGUGAAGAGAUUUGUUGCUGUUUCUAAAAUGGGGAAAGAGAAGCAAGUUUUGCACAGAAGGGAAGGAAGGAGAGGUAUAGGAGAGAUGGGUCACCAACAGAUGCGAUGUCUGGGAAGGGGAGAGUUCAGCUAGCCCACGGAAAGCUUCAAAAGGAGGGACUGUUAGAUUGAUCCAGGCUCAGGUUUUGCCAGGCGAAAGCCAACAGAACAGAGGUUAGGAUACUGUCAAGGGUGUGGCCGAGGUGAUAGAGCUGGAAAUGUAAGGGAGAGAGAUCAGCCGGCAGGAGGUGCUGGCAAGGCAAGAGGUGCUGGCGAGGCAAGAGGGAGCAAACCUAGUCCUAAUGGUGUCUGAACUAAUCUCAGGGAAAAUGCUUGGUUCGGAUUGGAUCGCAGCUGGAUUCCCUGAUCUCCUGGUCUCUAGGUCCUGGAUGUUCCAAUCCUUAGAACAGGGUUUGGCAUAGAGUAAGCACUAUAUACUAUUAAUCAUAAUUAUAUACCUUCAGUAAUUUUUUAAACUCCAAAGACUCCAUUUCCCUUGAGGCAUUGCAGCCGUUCGGACUACAACUCCCACGAUGCCUGCCGGGCCGCUACGUCCCUUAAUUUGGUUUUCCAGUCCCAGCAUUCCUCACUGUUUUCCUACCGUCCUAGCACGCUUGUCCCUGCCUAGUCAGAGGGGCGGGAGGGGCGUGGCCAUGUGCUGCCCCGCCCCUGCCCCGCUGGCUGGCUUCUGGGACACGACCCAGAGACAUGGGCGCUACCUGGAGGAGCCCCGGCUGGGUGAGGCUAGCUCUCUGCCUCGCUGGCUUAGUGCUUUCGCUUUACGCGCUGCACGUAAAGGCGGCGCGCGCCCGAGACCAGGACUACCGCGCCCUCUGCGACGUGGGUACUGCCAUCAGCUGUUCGCGCGUCUUCUCCUCCAGGUUGCCUCCGGGGUCACUGGGCAUCUGUCCUGCUGGUGCUGAGCUCCCUGGUGUCUCUCGUUGGUUCUGUCUACCUGGCCUGGAUCCUCUUCUUUGUGCUCUAUGA